GCCGCUUCCACUUGUAAUGCAUGACAAACUGUCGCUGCAGCGGCCUCGCCGUCGCGGGGCCUGCCGCUCAACCUAGUGACAAAAGCCCAGGUCCCUGCGCCGAGGCCCUCGUCGUGACUUUCGCUCGCUGCUGCGCGGUAGCGGCGGAGGCCAGCCCGAGCCCUAUCGCCAACUCUGCCUCCCCGGCCAUUUCCUGCAAAGGGCUCUGUUCUGCCGCCGCGCCUGGGGGCUGCGGUGGUCCUGCGGGCCGGUGGCAAGGAAGGCUGAAGGGGCUGGUCUGUGGGGGCCGGGCCGGGCCCCUGCUCCUCCCCUCUCCUUGUGCUCAAGCAUCCACCGCCCAGCGCAAACCGCAAGACACGCCUCGCCAAGGAAGCGUGCAGAGUCGGCUGGCGCAGCUCUUGCGACGGGCCUGGCGUGGGUGCCAGUUCCGGAGGCCGAGGAAGGGAGAGAGAGGGGGGCUGGCUGGCUUCGAUGGAUGCGGCGGCGAAAACGGACCGGGAGACGCCGGCCUGGGGCGGCUGUCGGCCUGGAGGACGCCUGGACAUGAGCCACGGCUUUGUGCGGCACAUCCGGCGCAACCAGAUCGCUAGGGAUGACUAUGACAGGGAGGUGAAGCAAGCUAAGGAAAAAGUGAAGAAGAGACACACGCCAGCGCCAGCCCGGCCCAGGAAACCGGAUCAGCAGGUCUAUCACCUCUGCCGGAGAAGUAGAGCCGAAACCACGUCUGGCCUGGAGUAUGAGGGGUCUAGCGAGAGCAGCUCCAGCACAGAGCCAGACCCCAAUGGACCAGCUCUCUUCUGCCUGGAAUAUGAGGCCGACAGUGGCAAGAUCACCUCAAUUGUUGUACACCAGGACAAUGACCCUGAUGAGGUGGCCGAGAAGGUCAGUGCUCAGAACCAGCUGGAGCCAGCUAUGCGAGAGGCCUUGAGGCAGCGGGUGCAGAAGGAGUUGGAGAAGCGCCGGGUGAAACGCUGAGAGCCUUGCUAGGAUAUCUGUGCUGUUUGCUGAUGCCUAGCUGGGAAAUAUUUUCUGGGAAGGGGGCAGUGGAACUUGUCCCAUAGCUGUUGGUUUGGCAUGAGGGUCAGGCAGUUAGCUGAACCCUGUAACUGGCACAAGGUAGGACUGUCCAUUGUGAUUUCCUCCUUCUGAGUCGUGGCUGAGGCGUUGUGCCCUAAAUGAGUGAUUUGGAGGAAUAGUAGCUACAAUAGGAGAAUCUCCAUUGGGAAUAGCUCAGGAUCUCUUGACCUACACAGAAAGAAGAUGUCUAGCUGAAACCUGGUCAGAUGUCUCCUUAUAGCCCUGGGCAAUUGGUUCAUUGCCAACCCGUUUCCUGGUACCCUCUACCUUCUCUUGUGAGUAGCCAAACCGCUGGCUCUU